AUGGACCGAUCGCCGGCGCACGAUUACGCCGCUGCAGCAAUGGCGUAUGCUCAACAGCAGCAACAACAAAAACAUCAGCCAUUUGGGUUUCACCCGCAGCAUCAAGGCCAGCAGUUUCCUCCACCGCCGGCAUUCAUCCCGCCGCCUCAUCCUUCAAUGCAACAACAAUUCCCUUGCCCUCACCACUUACAGCAGCAGCAACAACCUCAACUCCACCCUCACGCUCCACCACACCCUCACCUUCUCCGCCAGCAGCAGCUUCUACCUGGUUUUUCCUCUUACUUACCUCAGCCAAUGCUUCAAUCUCCCUUCCACGGAGGUGGUCCUUACGAUUCAGCUCCACCAUCACUGCCAACGCCUCCUCCAUCUGAUCCCGAGCUUCAUAAACGGAUUGACAAGCUAGUCGAGUACUCGGCCAAGAACGGGCCAGAAUUCGAGGCGAUGAUUCGACACAAGCAGCAGGAUAAUCCUGCUUAUAGCUUUCUAUUUGGUGGCGAGGGGCACAAUUACUAUCGGUAUAAGCUUUGGGUGUCUACUCGACCUCCACCUCCUGGCCAUUACAAUGCUUCUUUCCCGCCUUCAUCUUCUGUGCCAUUGAUGCAGCCUCCACCUCAGCUAAUGCAACAACCGGGUUUCCCACUGUUCCACGAUCCACAUCAGCAUCAGCACCUGUCGCCUCAGCCGCCAUUUGGGGCACACGGGCGAGUAGGCGAUUUUGAUCCGGCUUCCAAGUCAUUUAGAGGUCUUUCUGGUCCACUUCCAUCGGAUGUUGCGGUGGAGUUGACUAAUGUGAUGAAUAGUUUGAAUGGUACAAAGGAUUCGAUUAAAGGGGCAAAGAUUUGGUUCAUGCAGAGAUCUCCUUUUGCACCUGGUUUGGCUGAGGGUAUGAGAGACAGGGUUUUCUCUGUGGAUGAUUCGGAGAGGCAACUGCAUGUUGUAUACCUUGCUAAUGAUAUACUUUUCGACAGGGCUAAUCCUCUUGAGCUUGACAAUGAGGCCGUUGCUUUCAAGCCAGUCUUGGGUUCAAUGCUUGCAAGAAUUUACCAAAACCCUGUGAAUAAGGAAGAGAAUCAGUCACGGUUACAGAAAAUCCUGCUGUUCUGGGGCUCCAAGGAGGUUUAUGAUCAUGAUACCAUUCGUUCUCUGGAAGGAGAAAUGGUCAGCGGGGCACCAGAAAGCUCGGAUUCAGGAGCUCCAAAAGACUCAUCAGAUUCAAUGGCUGCUGCUGGAUUCCCACAUCAACCAACAAAGCACCAUGGCCAUUCUUCACAUUGGCAGCUAGAUAAGCAACAUGAGCGGGAGCAUGCUGAUAAACAAGUCCCCUUGGCCAUGCCACCGCUUGCUGCCCAACAAUUUCUUGCAAACUCGGGCUCCGCUAGUCAAUCACCUCUGCUACAAACUCUUCCCCAAACCCUCGCCGAAAAGCUACCACCAUACCCUUUGUUCCCACCGGGACUCAUCCCCGGUAUGGUCCGCAAAAUGCAGAUCGGAAGUGGCGUCCCAUACUCUCCUCUAAGCCCUCUCGACAUCCCUACCAUGAUCCCGCCAUCCGCAGUAUCUCCAUCCGAAGUCCUCGAGAGGGUGUCAGAAUACUUCAAGGACAUCGGAGAACUCAACCCUUCAGAAGAGCCGAUGAAGUCAUCUGACGAAGACGAUUACAGCGACUAUGAGAGGGACCGGUCCCCUAUACGUAAGGGCGGGGCUUGCAUCCCUCCACCUCAAAACCUGCAGGUUGUGGACCCCGAGACCGGUACUUAUCCCGACGGAAGUGUGGAGCGAAAACCCGGAGCAUUGGGUUCUGGGAGACUUGGAUUGGGGGCAACCGCUGACCCUAAUGAGGUGAGCCAGUAUGAUGAUGUAUACUCGUCGUAUAGGAAACAGAGGAGCAGUAAUUAUCAUACUUCCAUGAGUGCUAGGGCAGCCGUCUCUGUCAAGAGAUCGUCCUAA